UGGAACACGUGAUCUCCCAGGCGGAGUUCUACCAGCGCACAGACAGGUCCCAGCAGGUGUCCGGGGAGUUCAUGUUUGAGUUGGACCAAGAUGAGAUCUUCUGUGUGGACCUGGAGAGGAAGGAGACUGUCUGGCGCCUGCCUGAAUUCAGCAAGUUUGCCAGCUUCGAGGCGCAGGGCGUCCUGGGCAACGCGGCUGUGGGGAAGGCGAACCUGGAGAGUCUUAUAAAAAGUUUCAACCACACACGGGCCCAGAAUGAGCCCCCUGAGGUGACCGUGUUCCCCGAAGACCCCGUGGAGCUGGGCGAGCCCAACAUCCUGAUCUGCUUCGUGGACAAGUUCUUCCCGCCCGCGCUCAGUGUGACGUGGCUGAAGAACGGGCAGGAGGUGACCGAGGGCGUCUCCGAGACUGACUUCUACCCCCGCCCGGACGACUCCUUCCGCAAGUUCUCCUACCUGCCCUUCCUCCCCAGCCAGGGCGACUUCUACGACUGCCGGGUGGAGCAUGGGGGGCUGCCCGAGCCCUUCACGAAGCACUGGG